AAUCCUUCCCUCUCCGUCAAUGAUUUCGCAUUAAGAAAAUGUCAUAACAUCACCAAACUUAGGGCUCUUCUUCUUCCUCCUCUUUUGUUCUCUGCUUGAACAGAACUACUGGUUUCAGGUAACACAAUGGAAGAGAAAAAAACAGGUAAAGCGUUAAGCGAACACUUAUCGCUUCCUCCACCACCAUCUCCUGUUGUAGCUGUAGCCAUUAAUGGAAAGAAAAAGAGCAAAUACGUGGCCUUUUGGGCUCUUGAGAAAUUCAUCCCCGAAGGAUUCUCUGAUUUCAAGUUGCUCUAUGUUCGUCCUCCUGUCACUUACAUCCCUACCCCAAUGGGGAAUGCGAUAUCGAUAUCUGAGCUUAGAGACGACGUAGUGUCAGCUUAUAAACAAGAAGUGGAUUGGAACACAAACGAGAUGCUUCGUCCUUACAAGAAAAUGUUCGAAAGGAGAAAGGUGCAAGUAGAGAUUCUGGUGCUGGAAUCACACGACCCUGAAGCUGCGAUAGCUGAAGAGAUUGCUGGAACCGGAGUCACGAAACUCGUUAUAGGAAUGUCUCUUCGCGGAUUCUUCUCAAGAAAGAUCGACAUGUCUUCCAUGAUCGCCACUGCUGUCCCGAGAUUCUGCACAGUCUAUGUAGUCUCAAAGGGGAAACUUGCUUCCGUGCGUCCUUCCGAUUCAGACGCUAGCGGAAGCAUAAGGUUCGAGAGAAGCAGCUCCACGAGUGGCUCCACUGAUAGUCCUACAGUCCCUUCUGAGUACCAAGACUUUCUCUCGUUUGUCUCGGAAGCACAAUCCAGAGUCUCUCCUUUCUAUCCGGCUCCAAAGCAUUCAACAUUCUCGGAUAUGAGCAGCAGUGCAGUGGUUCAAAUGGAUACGAGUUCUAGCGAGACGGAGCAGUCUGAAGUAUGUAGAGGGAGAGGGAUGGAGAUUGUACAUAGCGGCAGCGAAGGGAAGAAGAAUAAAGAUGAGAGCUUUAGCGCGUCGUUCCCUAUGGGAACAGAGGCGUAUCACGCGAUGAGCUGGGCUUCUAAAUGGAGAGAUCACGAGGACAGGAGAGAGAUCAUGAGCUCGUCUUCCAGCAACAACCACGAGCUAGCGAAUAUGGAUUGGGGUGCGGUGGUUCCUGAGAACUAUUCUUGGGUUUCUCAUCAAGCUUCUAACAUGUCUGAUGGACUCCUCAGUGUACAUUCCAUGACAGAUAAUCAGGUGAAUCUGAGCUUUGAGAUAGAGAAGCUGAGAGCUGAGCUGAAACAUGUUCAGGAGAUGUAUGCCAUGGCUCAGACUGAGACUGUUGAUGCUUCCAAAAAGCUAACAGAGCUGAACCAGCGACGAUUCAAGGAGUCAGAGAAGCUUGUGGAGCUGAAGGAAAAGGAAGAAGUAGCGAAAGAUACAGCUUCAAAGGAGAAGCAUAGGUACGAAGAGGCGAUGAAGGAAGCAGAGAAGGUCAAAGAACUCAUGCUGAAAGAGGCUUUACAAAGAAGAGAAGCUGAGAUCAAAGCAGAGCGCGACGCUAGGGAGAAAGAUAAGCUCCAGGCUUCUCUCGUCUCUCCCGGGAUCCAAUACCAACACUACUCCUGGGAGGAAAUCGCAGCUGCGACCUCUGAUUUCUCUGAAGAUCUCAAGAUCGGAAUCGGAGCCUAUGGAACCGUCUACAAAUGCAAUCUGCAUCACACGACCGGUGCGGUCAAGGUCCUUCACGCAGGAGAAACUCAGCUCUCUAAACAGUUUGAUCAAGAGCUUGAGAUCUUGAGCAAAAUCCGUCAUCCUCACCUCGUACUUCUCCUAGGGGCAUGUCCCGAAAGAGGCUGCCUCGUCUACGAGUACAUGGACAACGGAAGCUUAGAAGACCGGUUGAUGUUGGUCAACGACACACCUCCAAUACCAUGGUUCGAGCGUUUCAGGAUCGCUUUAGAAGUUGCUUCAGCGCUCGUCUUUCUCCACAAGUCAAAGCCUAGACCCAUCAUUCACCGAGACCUCAAACCAGGCAACAUCUUGCUUGACCACAACUUCGUCAGCAAGCUCGGCGACGUCGGUCUCUCCACGAUGGUCAGCCAAGACGACGCAUCUUCUAAACUAACCGUCUUCAAGAAAACCAGUCCCGUGGGAACGCUCUGCUACAUCGACCCUGAGUAUCAGCGGACAGGGAUUAUCUCUCCCAAAUCCGAUGUGUAUUCUCUAGGAGUUGUAAUCUUGCAGCUCAUAACUGCGAAGCCCGCCAUAGCGAUUUCUCAUAUGGUUGAAGAAGCGAUUGGGGACGAUGCUGAGUUUAUGGGAGUGUUGGAUGUGAAAGCUGGAUCUUGGCCUAUGAGUGAGACUCGUGAGUUAGCUGCUUUGGGGCUGUGUUGUACGGAGCUGAGACGCAGAGACAGACCAGAUCUUAAAGAUCAGAUCAUCCCGGCUUUGGAGCGGCUCAGGAAAGUUGUCGACAAGGCUCAAAACUCACUCUCGAGAACUCCGUCUGGUCCUCCAUCUCACUUCAUUUGCCCACUUCUCAAGGGAGUGAUGAACGAGCCGUGUGUGGCUGCGGAUGGGUACACGUACGAUCGGGGAGCCAUAGAGGAUUGGUUGAGAGAGAAGGAUGUAUCUCCCGUGACGAAUCUUCCAUUGCCUAACAAGAACCUUCUUGCUAACUACACUCUUUACUCAGCAAUCAUGGAGUGGAAAUCUAAUAAACAAUAGUAAGAAAGAGAUUAUAAUUUAUAAGUACAAUCGAAUCUAUCAAUGUGUUCUUUCUUGUGUGUGUUUCUUUCUGUUCUUCCUUUGUCUCUGUUCGGAGGGUUUAUCUUUUGUGUGAUGAGAUGCAAGAUUACAACCGUCGAGAGAGAGAAAUGUCUUUUGCUUUAGUUUUCUCGUGUUUCUUUACUCUCGCUUGAUUAAAAAUUCAAAAAUACAAUAAAAUUUGUCACACCAAAUAAUUUCAACAAGAA